AUGGAAACAGUGGUUGGCUACAGCUGUGGCAUUAUGCCCCCCACCCAGACUUUGGUCCAGCCCCAGCCCCCCCCCCCCUCAUCAGCUGUCCUCCCAGCCCUCUUGGCCCAUCCCUACUCCAACUGGAGAUGCCCCAGAAGCUGCUGCUCACUGAGGAGGAAGCUGACCCGAUUGGCAGAAGAGCUUGUGGCUGAGGAGGAACGAGCAAAUCGAGGAGCAGAAAAGAAACGGCUAAAGAAGAAGAUUGAGAGGUUGAGAACCGCUGUUCUAUUGGAUGUUUCUAACCAGGUGAUAGAAGAGGCUGCAGUCGCAGCAGGCCCAGCAGCAGAGGCAAGCAACUUUAACUCCAGUCCCCAAAGCCCUAGUCAAGGGAGCAGCAAUGAGGAAGAAGAAUUGGAUUUGUCAAGCACCUUCGUGUCUCAAGCCCCUCACAAGGUUGGUGACUGGCCUCCCAAUACCCAGAAAGAGAAAGUGUUGAUCCCUGAGCCUCCAGCCUUGAACUCGCAGAGCCAGAGCCCACAGGAAGGGAGCAGGAGCCAGAGUCCUCAGCUAGAGGCAUUACCUGGAUUACAGGCAGCUGCCUUAAGGCAGAGCCAAGAGCUAGCAGAGCUAGGUACAGCUGCAGCCUGGAGGGGCUUAUAUCAGGAAGCUGUGCUCCUCUUCACGAAGGCUAUAGAGCUCAACCCUCGGGAUUACAGACUCUUUGGUAAUUGGUCCUUCUGCCACAAGAGGCUGGGCCAACCUGGCUGGGCCCUAGGGGAUGCAAGUGUUGCCCUCAACCUGCAUCCACAAUGGCCCCGGGGCCUGUUCCAAUUGGGCAAAGCUCUGGUGGAGCUGCAGAGGUUCAAGGAAGCAUCUGAUGUAUUCCGAGAGACUUUGGCCAUGGAUAAGUCCCAACCAGAUGCUGUCCAUGAACUCCAGCAGUGCCUCCUCCAACUCACUCUGAUGAGGGGCCAUAUAAAGCAGAGCCCUCCUCUAAGUCCAUCUUUCUUUCUCCCCACCCACCCCCCAGUCCCCUCCUCCCAUCUUCCCACCAUCCCCCAUCUGACCCUCAGGCAGCUUUAAAGGGGAGGCUCAGAGGAAGUCCAGAUUGACAGUACAAAGCAAGGCUUUCCUAUGUGUAUAAUUUCCUCCCUCCUUCCCAAUUCAAUCUAGGGGAAGGAGGAUUGAUAACUGAGUGGUUUUAAGGAAGUAGACCUGAUUGAGGUGGGCUGAAGAGAUCAGAAAUGGCACAGAGCUAGAUUUUCUGAAAACAUUUAGUCCUUAUCUGACCUUGGACCAAUUUGUUGGAUUAGGAAGUUGUAUAGAAAGAGAGAGUGCCUGUGGGGAGUAACAGGUUCUGGGGGGAAAUGGAGUAUUGAUGGAGAGAUUCUCCUCUCAGCAGGAGCAUCCAAGGGGAAUCCGUGGUACAGCUUUGCAACCGAGGAUCCCACAACAGCUACUCUGCUCUGAGGUUGGGACUCAGGGGUUGCUCCCCCUAAGUCAUUCUGCUGUGGUACCCCCUAGGAUCCAGGGCCUUCUACCUUCCUCAUGACUCCCCUCUGCUCUUUGGCCCAUCACUCAGGUUCAGGGUGGUGACUUCUGGGCCUCCCAGCUUCAGGAUUUUAUGAAGGCAAGGGGCAUCAUAGGACAGCCACCACCACGCCUGCCUUCAUCCAGGUGAGGGCCUAUCUGUCAAUGUGUCUGUGUGUCUGCUAAAAAGGAUGCCUCUAUCUAUCCCUGUGGACAGGCCUGUAAUGUCUACUCCUCAUUUCUCAUAGGAAGAAGGACAUGGCAGUUCACUGUACAUUUGACAGGAUGGGUCUCAUCUUUCUCCCAAGAGAGAAGGAUGUGAUAUCCAGUCAGCCCUGCACACAAACACUGGCACAUGCAACUGGCCAUCUUGGAACUUGAUAUGAUAAGAGACAAUUGCUAGGUUGAGUAGUACUUAGGGAGUUCACCAUAUCUGUCCCUUCAGUCAGGCUCUAGCUUGGCACCUAGCUGGUACCACAUUCAGUGAAACAUUGGAGAGGGUAGGGUCCUGGUAGAUGGCAGCUCAUACCUCAGUUUCCUCUAACUGGGACCUCCUUGGAGCAAACCCACUCCCUUGAACUCCAACCACUGUCCAAGAGCAAAUUUCCUUUCCUGAACAAGCAGAAAGGGUUCUGUCCCAUUCUUCAGAAGACCAGUUUUAGGAUUUUCUGGAUCCUAAUCUAGGUCAUCUAUUCAGAAUGCCACUAGAGAUUGGUUUAGGGUAGAUUCUUAGUUCAUUUUAGAGUCCACUUUCUCUCCCUGUUCUUUUCAUUGGAGAUGACUAUUAGCUUCUCUUAGGCCUAGGCCACAUGCUUCAAUCUGUAGCCAUUGGUUUUUGCCCUCCAGGUACUUAACCUGGAGGAGCCCUCCAUGAUCCCUUUCCUCUCCAGUGUCCAGAAAAGCUCCUUCUUGACUUGAAAGUAAUGAUUGCUCCCUCCUUUCCUAUUUGGAAGGUCAGGCAGCCCCUCUUCUCUGGCCCAAGAAAUUACCCAUUACCCCUAGUCCUCUCUAAGGUAUCUGGGCCUUUCAGCUUGAGGAGUUUACCUGAUGUAGCCCAGGAGCUCCUUUUUACUUGGGAUCAUGUAUUUGGAGCUAAGGGUUGUUGGGUCCAACCUUCUUAUUUUACAGAUUAAGAAACAGGCCAAAAGAAAAGGUGAUCUGCUCACAGUUACAUGGGCAAUAAGUGGCAGAAUGGGGAUCUCUGGCUCCAGAUUCAAUACUCUCUCACAUGGUCCUGCCUCUUUCAAACUAGCUUCUUAGAGGCAUGGUGUAAUCAUGGAUGUUCUCUUGUCCCCUCCCAACCUUGAGACAUUAAUUGAAAAUAUCACCUCCUCUCAUAGUUUCUUUUCCCUCCACCAUCCAGGAAAACAUUAGAGUUGUAGGCUUUUUCCCAAACCUGUUCUUAUUAAUUCCUUCUAGGCCUUACCUAUACUGUUUUCAGAGAGAGAGAAAGAGAAGUCAGUUUCCCUAUAACUUAGAGCUAUUGGUUCUAGCUCUCCCCUUUGAGACCCUCCAAAAUAGGUCUGCCCCUUUCAUGACAUAUUCAAGCUCCUUCUCCUCCCAUGUCUCUAGACUAAAUCUUCCCAGUUCCUUCAGGCAUUGCAUAAAUAGCUUAGCUUCUAGUCUAUCCCUUCACUGACUCCUCUCCUCUGGACCUACUCCAGGUUGUCAGUGUCCUUAAAAUUUGUCACACAGAACUGAAUACAGUACUUCAGCUAUGGUCUUACUAGGGUAGAUUAUCUUCCUUGAACUGGACAUUAUACCUGUGUUAAUAUUUUGGUAGCUACAUCAUACUGCUAAUUCAUAUGAAGGUUGAAUUCUACUAAAAAUUCCAGACCUUUUUCAUAUGAACCAAUCCUUUUGCACCUUGGUUCUGCCAUCUACUAGCCCUCCUAGCUUCACAUAGUCUGCAAAUUCAGUUUGACCCACUAUGGCUUCAUUCAAGUUAUUGCCACUCUUUGGGUCUGGUCCCCCAACCAACAUCAACAUCCAGUACAUUAUCAUGAGACUUUGUCAAAUACUUUGCUUAGGUGUACAGUAUCAGGUGUACCCCUGAUCUACCCAGCCCAGUAAUCCUGUCAGUAAUAGGAAAUGAGGUUAGUCUGGCAUAAGCUAUUCUUGAUGAAUGAACCUGUGCUGACUCCCAACAAUGCCUGCUUUCUUUUCUCAGUGCAAACCAUCUUCUUUCAUUCUUAAUUGAUCCUAGAAUUUUUCUGGGUAUCAUUGUGAAUUAAAAGACAAGUUCCCAUUGCUGUAGUACCUUCAGAAUCACAAAAGACUUUCUCAUAACUGCAUAGUGGGUUAUAAAGGUGGGUUCCUUAGAAAGUUUAAGUAACAUGACUGUACAGCUAGUAAGUGGAAGGACCUUCAAAUUUCUUUUCUAAAAUGUACCCUGAGCUUCCAUUUACAUCAAGUCUGUGAAGAGUUUCCUUUUCCAGCCAAGCCCUGCUGUCCAUCCCCUGGAGGAAUAAGUCUGCCUUUCUUUCUGUUUCCUCUCUUGGGAAGGGGUCAUGGUCCUGGGUGUGGGGUGAUGACUAAUGAGAAGUUCCUAGGGUGGGCUGGGAGGUAACAAGGCUCCAGCUCACAACCCCUUCCUUCCUUGCCUGUACCUCACCAGAUUUGGCCCCCGACCAUUUAUCCUUCCGGUCCCAGUUCCUGUUCGAUUACCUUCAGUUCAGCACCUUCAAUUGCCAAAAACCUGGUGAGACAACUCCUCUAAAAUCUCUAGGUCUUUUCAGUCCUCAGCCCCUUCUGAUUUUCUUAGAUUUCCCCUAUACUCAUAUAUGCACAAAUGAGCAAAAGAGGUUUUCCUCCCUUUGCCAUGCUCUCUCCCCUCUCACUAGCUGAUUUCUUCCUGUUAUUUUCCUACCACAUUUCCAGCUUCAGUUUCCCUUCCUUUUAAUAUUGUUCCUUCCUCACAGGAGCCUCUAGGCAAAACUUAAAGACCAAUGCCAUAUGUAUAUCCUUCAUUUGGGCCCCAUUUAGGGCCCUGAAGAUGGCUGCUGUUGCUAGGGACCCAAGUGUCCUAAAGCCCUGGGUAAGGGUUUCUCUCUAGCCUGGUGUAUGGUGUCCGAUGAAGAUGUCAUAAUGGUCAGAUUUGGCCAUGCAGGGAUGAGGCAGAGCUUUGUAUGUUUGACCCCCGUUUUGUUCCAAGCCCAGGAACUGUGCUCAAUAAAAUGUUCUUCAGCUUCGAA